AAAGUAAACGAGUUGAUAACUCGUAUUUCAUUACAAUGUGGCUUCACGAGUAAAGUUGAGGUGUACUGUCGUACUUUUCUGUGCCAGUAGUUGGCAUCGUCAACUGAACAGAAUGGACUUAGGCUACCUUUUGGACUUGAAUUACCUCUGAGCAAAGAGUCUUGCACAAAGCAUUUCUUCUUCCUAAGAAUACAUUGCUUGUGUAGCAUUGGCAUGUUUUUCAGCUUCAGGCGGGAAUGCUGGUGUAUGGCGCAUUUUUGUUGAAGGUGGCAGUUGUCUUUGGUGCUCAUGUGACUUGAACCGCCUCUCAGGAAAAUUCAGUAAUUCCGAGAAAUGUUUAUCAAGGUUUUGUCUUCUGAUCGAUUUCGAGUCUCGUGGCCAUCAAAAAAGGCCUUUCGGGAUGUGAUAUUGUUGCUUGUACCGUGCUCAUGGGUUAGGGUCUUCUGCUCAACUUGAGUCACAAUGAACUUUUCAUUUUGUGUUUGAAUGGGUUCGUAAAGAAUUCACUUGACUAGCGAUUGAAUGUGUUCCAAACUGGCCCACGUGUUUUUUUUUUUUUGUUUUUUUUGCAGCAUUGAUGAUUUUCAAACCGUGCAACUUCAACCUGAAUAAUUUCUGUCCGAGUGAUUAUGAGCGCCCUAAAGGCAUCAGUGAAAGCCUCAUCCUGAGGUCAAGCGGCAUGUGACUGGGCUCAGCGAGGAAGGAGGGGUCUCUCUAGGAAGGACAUUUAAGGCCCGAAAGCGUGACGGAUCGCAUUUCAGGCUUUUUGCAAUGUGGCGUGUGGCUGCCGUAGUGUUCACGCUCUUUUGGGCGCCCGGGCUCCAGCAGUUCCCACGCCCGUGCGCCACCCGCCAGGCCCUGCUGGCCAAGGAGUGCUGCCCACCUUGGGACGGGGACGGCUCGGCGUGCGGGGCCCGCUCCGGUCGGGGUUUCUGCCAUGAUGUGGUGGUAGCGGACACCCCGGACGGGACUCAGUACCCUUUCAGAGGGGUGGACGACCGGGAAAGGUGGCCCCUGGUGUUCUACAACCGAACCUGCCAGUGCUUGGGCAACUUCAUGGGGUUCAGCUGCGCCGACUGCAAGUUCGGCUACUUCGGGGAGAACUGCCUCGAAAGAAGGGAGUCCCUCAGGAGGAACGUGUUCCACUUGACCCGAGCCGAGAGAACCCAGCUGGUGUCCUACCUGAACCUGGCCAAGCAGACGGCCAGCAGAGACUACGUGGUCGCCACGGCGACCUACCGGGAGAUGGAGAACGGCUCCAACCCCACUUUCGCCAACGUGUCAGUCUUCGACAUCUUUGUGUGGAUGCACUACUACGUGUCCCGCGACGUGCUGCUCGGCGGGCCGGGAAACGUGUGGGCUGACGCGGACUUUGCCCACUGGGCGCCCGGCUUCUUGCCGUGGCACCGUGUCUACCUGCUGCACUGGGAGCGUGAGAUUAGGAAGAUGACCGGGGACAACAGCUUCACCAUCCCUUACUGGGACUGGAGGGACGCAGAGGGAUGCGACGUCUGCACGGACCAGUUUAUGGGGGGGCGGGACCCUCAGGACCCAACUCUGCUUAGUCCUGGCUCAGUUUUUUCUUCCUGGAGGUCACUGUGCUCCCAAGCGCAAGACUACAAUGCCCGUGGCGUUUUGUGCGACGCCCGAGCGGAAGGCCCUCUGCGCCGUAACCCCGGCAACCACGAUCGCAAGCGGGUACCGCGUCUGCCCACCUCCGCCGAGGUCGCCUUCACCCUCAGUUUGGCCAAUUACGACACGGGCACCAUGGACCGCACAGCCAACAUGAGCUUUCGGAACACCAUGGAAGGAUUUGGGGACCCCCAGACGGGCUUGGGGAGCAGCAUUCAAAUGGGCAUGCACGCAGCUCUGCAUAUCUUCAUGAAUGGAUCUAUGUCCUCUGUGCAGGGCUCAGCCAAUGACCCCGUUUUCCUCCUGCACCAUUCCUUUGUGGACAGUCUUUAUGAAGAGUGGCUCAGGAGGCACGGGCCCGACCCCACCCAGUACCCAACUUCUAACGCCCCCAUUGGACACAACGGCGAAUACCACAUGGUUCCCUUCCUGCCCCUGCACACUAACAGAGAAUACUUCAUAACCAGCAAAGAGCUGGGGUACGAGUACUCGCGCCUGCUGAGUGGCAACGCACUUCUAGCAGAGUCCUUGCGUCCCUACGUGGAGGAUUUACAUGCCAUGUGGCCGUGGCUGCUGCUCGCCAGCCUCUGCGGCGCGGUCCUGACCGUCGCUGUCAUCCACAUCAAGCGCCAUGUCCCGGUGCGACCUUGGUUCCGCAAAAGUGUAUUUCCGGUCUCAGCCUUUCCGGAGCGACAGCCUCUUAUCAAGAGAGAUGAAGAGAACAAAACUCGUGGCUACACUGGGGCCAUGUGAUGACAAGUCAUUAGGUAGACAUGCACUCAUUCCUCAAUCAAUAAAAACGUUCUUUUCGUCAAAUGUUUAUUUAAAUUUAUUUGCAAACAAUAUUGUAGCACAACUUGGUCUUAACACUCAGUGUUAUAGCACUUUGUCAUUGAAAACUGCUUUUUCUUGUCUUUAUCGCCACCAGGAGGACAGAGAGACAAUUACAUGAGUAAAAGCAAUUGAAUUUCAGCCCAAGCCUCCAGGUGCAAAUAACUUCUCAGUUCCUUUAACACUUUCUGUCAUUUGAAAUAUACUUGAAUCAGUGCUGAUGAGUGGAAACGUGGUCAGCCAGCAUUAUGACAUUACACUUUUUUCACUUUCAGAAAUACAGUACUAAAAUAUUCCAGCUGCGAUAAAAAGGAGAGGUUUUGGUGGAAGUGUUAAUUUUAAGAUACAUUUUACAAGAGCUGUUAUGGUAAUUCAAAGAUUUGGCAAAAAAAUACUUGUGAUUACUUUUUUCCAGAGGAUAAAUAACUGAUAAAAUAAUGCUAUUUUUGUUUAAAAGUUGCAUGAGUGAAAAAAGCCGUAAUGUCAUGAACAUAAAUCUCAUGUUUAUACAAAAUAGCCAGUUGUAAUCUUUAGGGUAAAGUUUUUUUUCCCCCCCUAAAUUUGCUGUGGUAUCUUUUAAGGCCUCUUCAGUACGCCAUUCCUAAUAACUACAUUUCUUUCUUUACUGCCACCUGAAGGACACUGAAAUACUUGUUCAAAUCAGUCUUAUUCUUCAAGGUCUAUAAAAUAAUUUUCACACUUUAUUUGGCUUUAAACAUGAUCAGCCAUUUUUUU